AUGGAGGAGAAGUCUGGCAACAUGAUAAAAUUGACCGCAUUCAAUUAUGCGAUCUGGAAACCAAAGAUGGAGGAUCUGCUAUACAUUAAAGACCUUUGGAGGCCAAUCGUGAUACCAAUGGAGGAACCAACACCAACGUCCAAGGAGGUAGAUCCUGUAACGAAAGACAAAUCGGCAUCGUCCUCUGGUGGCAAACCAACAAUCAUGUCCGAAAGUGAAUGGAUGGUGCUCAAUCGAAAGUGUGCUGCUCAAAUCCGGCAAUGGAUCGACAAGAGUAUUUUUCAAAAUUUUGCUAAUGAACAUGAUGCUGGUGUUCUUUGGCAAAAAUUAGAGAAAAUGUAUGCAAGAACAACGGCGCAAAAUAAAGCAAAUCACAUGCGGCGGCUCGUGAAUUUGAAAUACGAAGAUGGGAGCAGUGUCUCGGAACACAUGAGCGAGUUCCAAGGUAUAGUAGACCAACUCAACUCUAUGAAGAUGACAUUAGAUGAUGAGUUGCAGGCGUUGCUGCUACUUAGCUCUUUGCCGAAAAGCUGGGACACACUCGUUGUGUCAGUCAGCAACUCGGCUCCUGACGACGAGAUAAUCAUUAUUCAAAGUGAUGAUUCCAUUAAUCAUGCAUCCCAAGAUUCGACAUGGGUAGUCGACUCCGGCGCAUCCUACCAUGUCACGGCUUGUCAAGAUCUUUUUACAUCUUACAGUACUGGCAACUUUGGCUUUGUAAAGAUGGGAAAUGACGGUACGUCCAAAAUUACUGGUAUGGGUAAUAUUUACUUGGAGACUAAUGUUGGAUGUACGCUUUUACUCAAAGAUGUAAGACAUGUUCCGGACAUGCGUCUCAAUCUUAUAUCUACCAGCAAGCUCGAUGACGAAGGCUACAGCAAUUUCUUUAGUAAUGGGAAAUGGAAGCUUACUAAAGGUAAUUUGGUGGUAGCCAAAGGAGAAAAAACUUGCUCUCUCUACAUCACACAAUCCAAGCUGUGUAGAGGAGAGGUGAAUGUAACAGGAAAAGGAGUCACCACCGAGUUAUGGCAUAAAAGACUCGGACACAUGAGUAAGAAAGGCUCAAGAUUCUCAUUGGAAAGCAACUCCUACUGGGAAUGA